GGAACUGACAGCCCCCCGUACCAAAACAAAAAUUUCACGAUUUUGCUCGGCUUGCGAAAGAACCGUCUUCCGCAGGGAUCUGCGGUUCUGUUUUGUUUUUUUGAUAGAAGCAAACUCGCGUGAAUAUUCAAGAUGAGCAGCCCCGCCAAAUUGCAGGAUCUUCCACCGAAGGGUGGCUAUCAGAACAUCCCUUUCAAGCGCGUGCCAGCGAAAACCUACUUCAAAGGAUGGCAAAUGAUCGCUGGCUAUGCCGGCAUCUCGACCGUCGGACUGUUCCUGUACUGGUUGAACGUGAAGGAGAACCACCGGAACGAGAUUGAGAUGCGUUCGGCGCGAAACGUCAUCUAUCCGCUGCUGCUUGCCGAGCGCGACCGGGAGUACCUGAAGCAGCUGCGACGAAACCGUGACGAGGAGGCCGAACUGAUGAAGAAUGUCGAAGGCUGGGAGGUUGGCACGUGGUAUGGUGAGCCGGUGUUCAAGACGAUCCCGAAGGAUAAGUUGGUGGAGCCGACCUUCCAAGAGUUCUACGUCCAUACUGAUUACAAACAUAUGGCUCAGCGUUCCGAUGUAAAGUUGAUGAAUUAGGGAGCCUUGUCGUUGGGCCUGAGUAUGGUUUGCAAUUGUAGAGGAAUGCGUUAUUAAAAAUAAAAUCAAUUGUCACCUCCGGUGAUCUUCAAAAA